GCCUUCCUGUUUGCACAACAGUCGUUCCGAUUGAUAUGCAGGUCUGACAGAUAACCUGAGCUUCCAUUUAUGUGUCAGUGUGUGUAUGUUGGAGACAGAUGAACAUAUUUCAUCAAGACAACUUGGAUCUACUUAGAGGACUGGGAUAACCUCUAAAAAAGAGGAGGACUUAGAAAACAUUUGUAUUUUGAGGGUGGGGGUAAGUAUGUUUUUGCUAAUAUUACAUAAAAGGCCACUACAUGAGUAUUUUUGUAAUUAUUACAACUAUAUCAUUCCCACCUGAAUUCAUGCAUCUUGGUGUACAGUUUAGCUAUCAGAGUAUGUCAAUGAAUUUUGUUGUGGCUUCCUGUAUCUUCAAGCUUCAUGGUGCCAGUAAAAUGCUGGAUACUGUGAGAACUAAUCUGAUGAUGCGUUUGAAAGGAUUUGAAUGCAUUUUUCCCCAAUCUCUUUCUAGCAGUAGCUCCUUCAAACCAGCAGGAAGUUAAAGAACAUGGGGCUCUGCCCCUCCAGGUGCAGAUCCGACCUGACAGUCUUAGAAAAUCCACCAGAACCUCCUUCAUCAGUCUCUGACGAGACCAUGACUGUGUCCCUCUUCGACUUUCUAUCAUUUGGUGGCACUGAGUUGGUCAUGACCAUCGGGGAGAGACUCAGCAUCAUAUCAGAUGAUGGUAAUGUUUUGAUGGUAAGGUCCGCCACCACAAGCAGAGAGAUGUACAUUCCCACCAACUACACUGCCAAAGUGACACAAAGGUGGCUGUUCACAGGUAUCAGCAGGCUCAAAGCAGAGGAGCUCCUCAUGCAGCCACAAAACCACAUUGGAGGCUUCUUGAUACGAGAUUCAGAAACAAACACAGAUUGCUUUUCUCUGUCUGUCCGUUGGCGAGUCAGUGUUUUGUACUCACAUUGUGUUAAACACUACCUCAUCUCUCAACUCCAAAAUGGCCGGGUCUACGUAACUCCAAAACGCUCCUUCUCCUCGCUAAAACACCUGGUGGAACACUAUUCAGAGUCUGCAGACGGACUUUGCUGUCGGCUGAAUGAGCCUUGCUUCAUUCAGGGUUUAGACGUACCCAGAGAGAACAGGCUUGUCGUAUCCACAGCGCACAGGAAGCCCGCUAACAACUGGAAGGACAUCAGCAGAUCCAUGAUUCUCAAGAGGACGAUUACAGGGUCUGACAACUCAAUGGUCAGCGAGGGCCUGAGGGAGGCCAUGAGCUCUUACCUCCAAUUGACAGAAGGCAACAAUCACAGUUGGUACACUUGAGCUAAAAACUUCAAUCUGACUACAAAGACAGAUUGUCUUCCAAAGACCCUGGACAAGACGUGAAGUACGAGAUUUGAGACACUCUAGCGUACCAUAUGCGAAAGCAUUCCACAAAGCAUUCCACAUUGUUUAGUUCCUUAAGUUUCAUUUUAUUUUUACUAUUGAUGAAAAGUCCUGUUCUUAAUGUAUUAUUGACUGCUCUUUGAAUGCAUUACAUUUAUGUGUGAUUAUUGAAUGUUUGUGAUCUAAUCAACAUUCAAGUCAAUGGAUUCACAGGGGAAAAAAAAGUCCUGUACAAAAUGUCAAAUAAAAACUGUACAACACCA